AAAAUAAGAAGAUAUAGGAAAGAGAGGGAGAGGAGAUGAAGAGAAAGAGAUACGAUAUGGAGAAGAAGAAGACGGAACUUCAAACGGCCAUAGAAGAGCUCUCUCUCUUUAUAAUAACUAAACCUGUAGAUAACACUGAAACCACACAUAUUCCCUUGAGGCCUCUUCUCUCCUUCUGCAACUUAAUCAUUCAAGUGCUUGAUAAGAUAGGACCGACAAUGGCUGUUCUUAGACAAGACAUCGAUCAAAAUAUAGAGAGAUUAGAGAAGGUUUGUGAAACAGAUCCUUGUGUUUACUCCAACUUGGUUGAGAUUCUUAAGAAAGAAAGGAACGAGGGGACAUACAAGAUGGUUGCUAGUUGCAGUAGAGCUCUUCUUUGGCUCACUAGGACAAUGGAUUUUACUGCGGGUUUACUACGACUGUUGUCAAAAGAGAUGUCGUCAAAAAUGGAAGAACUUGUAGAAGAAACCUACUUGGCGACUUUAAAACUGCAUCAUGGAUGGAUCGCUUCUGCUGCUUUCAGAGUGUGCUUGAAGCUAGUGCCUGACAAUAAAACUUUUAUGGACGCGAUCGGUGGACGAGACGAGAGCUAUGAGACCCUUAGAGAAGAUAUUGAGACAUUAAGCUCAUUGUUGACACCUAUUCUAAAAGAGAUUUUCAUUGUUCUGGAACAAUUCGGAUUGAACAGGUUAAGAUCGAUGUAAAAAUGGAUUCAGAAGUAAUCUAAUUAUUUGAUGUUUUCGGUGAACUUAAAAUUUUAUAUCAAGAAAAUGAAUAUAUCUUUAUAUGUAUAUAUCAGUUCUUAUACAAUUUCUCUUUUUUAUUUAAGAAUCCAAAAUUAAAAUUAUUUCUCCCUUUUAAAUAGGAAUGUACUCAUUGCAUUCACAUGUCAAAUUAAUAUGAAUAAAAUUUCUUCUGUA